AUGCGCCUUGUUUACAUUUCUUCCAGGGCAACGACUACUUGGGAUCAACGCGACAACAACAAGUGCAACAACAACAACAUCACGACAGCGACACGACACCACCCGAGAAACGGCAAUCGCAUCCCCGCCAACAAAUACUACGACGGCAUGGCCCAAGAUACUGGGCAUUGGAGUGUUCGGCGCCCAAGAGAGACUCUCGGCGGCCUGACCCUCAACUCGACCGCGAUCCCCCAACCACCUUCGGCACUGAAGCGCUCCAACUCCUCGGCAGGACCGGCAAACAACGCCGGCCCCGUGCCCUUUUCGACAUCCGGCCACAUGCGUUCUCUGUCCGGCUCGCGGCACUCGCUCGCGCCCACGCGACCAAACCAGCCACUCUUCCAACGCACCUCGUCGUCCGGCAACAACCAGACAACACUAGCCGACAUGGGCCUUGCUUCCGUCAAGCGGUCGUCGGUGCGGCAACCAUUCACACCAGGCAUGGCGGGGCGCGCUUCAACCGACGGUGGCAGCGAUAGGAGAAGCAGUGUCUACCGUGGUGGGCGCCAGUCAACAGUGGGCACUAUGGGUGGGAUGGGCGGCGCACUCGGUAGUGGCAUCACAUCCAUGGGUGGUGGCGGCAAUAGUCACCAGAGCUUCUUCUCCCAAGCGCCAGCACCAGCGGGUGCGAUGCGCGAUCCACGACCUCUCAAAGACCGCUCGUACCUCGCGCGCAUUGGCCAGGAGGUCAUCGAGUACAUGACCCAGCACAACUUCGAGCUGGAGAUGAGCCACACCCUGUCACAGAACGUGAUCAAGUCACCAACACAAAAGGACUUUGUCUACAUGUUCCAAUGGCUGUAUCGGCGCAUCGAUCCAAGCUACCGCUUUCAGAAGAGCAUCGACCAGGAGGUGCCCUUGCUGAUGAAGCAGAUUCGCUACCCGUACGAGAAGGGCAUCACCAAGAGCCAGAUCGCGGCUGUGGGAGGACAGAACUGGGGCACGUUCCUGGGAAUGCUGCACUGGAUGAUGGAACUGGCCAUCAUGCUCGAGCGGUACGCAAGCAACCGGUACGAUGACGCAUGUGCCGAGGCAGGCAUCGACGUGGUGGCUGAUCACAUCACCUUUGAGUUUUUGGCCCACGCAUACCAGGACUGGCUAGUAAUGGACGUGGAUGCCGACGGCGACGAUGGCCAGGGCACGGACGACGCCGAACAGCUGGCCAAGAUGCUGGCACCACACAUUGACAACAUGACGCGGCAACUCGACCAAGCUUACGCGAAGCACGAGGAGGAGCUGGCCAUCCUGGAGGCCGAGCACGCCAAGCUGCUCCAGGACAUCAGCGACCUCGAGAAAUCCACGCCCGACCUGGCCGCGCUAGACGAAGACUUCAAGGUCAUGGAGGAGGACAAGAUCAAGUUUGAGGAGUACAACGACCUGGCUCUCCAGCGCUGCGAGCGGCAUGAAACACGCAUUCCGCUUUUCCAGGAAGAGCUCGACAAGCUAAUGGCGGAGGUGGAAGAGGCCGAGAACGAGCAGCGCAGCCUACGACAAGCCGUUGACGAUCAGGGCAUCAGCAUGGCGGAUAUCGAUCGCAUGAACUCGGAGCGCGAACGACUGCAAAAGGGCAUCGAGGCUGCGGGACAGCGGCUCGAAGAGGCCAAGAGGAAGGUGGCAGAGCGCGAGGUGGACGCUAGCCGAAAGCUGGAGGAGCUUGAACGUACGGUCGACCGCUACAACACACUGGCCUAUCAAAUUGCCCUGAUCCCCGAGACCGCAGCAAACGCCAAGGGACGCGACUACGAGCUACGGGUGAAGGUGAAUGAGGGUCCGAGCUUUGGCGAAUCGUCGACCGAUGCGUCCAUGAACAUGGGCACCGGGAACAUGGAGACGGAGCGUCUGCUCGCUGAUCCGGUGACAGGCUACCUGCCGGGACACAUCCUCAACCUAGACCUACGGGGGCACGUUAAGAACAGCUUCCUGGCGCUGCGCAAGGAGGUGUCGGAGCGGCGCAGCACGGCGCUCGAGACGAUGAUGAAGGACCACGACCUGCUGGACAGCAUCAAGGAGGCGAUGGAGGACAAGCGCAGCGAGGUGGAGGCGCUGGAGCACCGGGUGCGGGCGGCCGAGCAGGAGCACGAGAAGACCAAGGAGGUCACGACGGCGCAGCGGCUUGCCUCGGACGCGCAGAUUGAGAAGAUGGAGAAGGAGCUGGCCAAAAUGCGGGCCAGUCUCUCGGAGUCGGUGCAGCUGAUGGAACAGCGCGAGAUGAACACCAACAUUGAGUACGAGCAAUUGACACUGCGGGCGAGCGCUCUUCGCGAAGAGCUGCACACGGAGAUCAUGCGAAUGCUCAACGACGUGAUCAAGUUCAAGAUGCACGUGCAGAAGAACCUGGAGGAGUACGAGGAGUUUGUGACGGAGGAGCUCGUCAAGGAGCUGGGCGACGGCGAGGAGGCCAAGCAAUGA